UGUUACCUGCUCGUUUCUAGUAUUGCUAUGGAAACAUGUAAACUCAUGGGCUCAUCAUGGCACGUUUGGUGAAAUAUCAAAGUCAAAUUCAGCAAAUUAGAGUGGAGUUUUUCAUCAGACAGAGGAUUGCCGAGGAAAACAGAAAGAGAGAGAAUGCAGCUGCAGUUAAAAUACAGAGCUGGAUCAAAGGAUGCCGCGUUCGGGCUUAUGUGAGGUAUCUCAACAGGAAUGCGGUCAUCAUACAGAAAAUAUGGCGAGGAUUUGCUGCAAGGGCUGUCUUCAGACAGAUGCAAGAGGCAGCAUACUUGGCCAGAAGAAUGAAGUUCUACACUCUAAUGGCUGUCAGGAUCCAGAAGAGGUGGAGGGGUUAUUAUGUGAGGAAAUAUAUACACAAUUAUUACGAGCGCAAGAAAUAUCUGGAGGCUUUAUCCAAGAAGAAUGAGGAUAUAAGGAAGGAGCUUGUGGAGUUCGAGGUGUACCAGCGGAAGGACAGGGAGCGUUUGGCGCUGGAGAGAGAGGAGCAGGAGAAAUACCGGCAGGCCCAGAGAUUACACUUCCUGCUCAGUACCAAACAGUGUCCAGGCGUGUUCAACUCCCCGUUCCGGGAGUGCCCCAGUGAGAUGGAGGCGCGUCUGAAGAGAGUGACCCCAGCGCUGGCGCAGGACGCCGUCCAGCAGGCCAGACACAAACUCCGCCAGCUGAGGACCGCCAGGGAUCAGCACCACUCCUCCUUCCUGCCGCCCAUCAACUCCAAGAAACCACAGGGGCCCUUCCGUCCGGCGGAGGAGGUGUGGCGGCAGCGGCAGCGGCCCCUGAGCCCGACGCUGCGCGUGGCCACAUCCAUCACCGCCCUGGAGGAGGCCAGAGACGAGCUCAGGAGCCAGGAGCUCAGCGCCCGACUCAUCCACCACCCGUUCUGGCCGUUCGCUAACACCCACAAAAGCAGGAAGUACGAGCCCAUGAUCCACACGCGGACCUCCUUCGAGCAGCUGCCGUACGGAACCAAGCACUUCAGGGAAGAGAAGAAACCCAUUCUGCAGGACAAAGAGCCUUUCAAGACUGUCUUCACCACCUGCCAAGUCUUCGACAAAUUUGGACGUCUCUACUCAAACGCUGGGAAGAUUGUCUGAGAAAUGCAUUUCAAGCAUCAUUAAAGUGUAGUCUUGCAUUCACUGCGGUACCAAUGUUUCAUAAUAAGAUAGCAGUGCUGUUGUUUUGUUUUGGUUUGUGUAGCAUGAUCUGUGUCAAAUUCAAGCAGGGUUCAUUACCUGAACGCAGUGAUAGAGAAGGAAUAGCAUAAAUAAAUCUGAUAAAAUAUCAUUAACAUCACGUGAUGCAUUGAUUGCUUACUGUAUUUUAUGAAUGUCGUCCUUUUGCAUUCAUUCCUUUUAGUUGUUUCAUUUAUUUAUUAAAAACAAAACCAAGAUGAAAA